AUGAAACAAUACCAAGCCAUCGGCAAAAUGGUUCUAAGUACAGCAGUGGGUCUUCUUAUGGUACGUCCCAGUAGUGCCCUGGCCAUGGGACCUUCAGCUCUUGGCCCGGGACCUGCUCUUCCCCAACAAUUGUGUGCACCUGAGUUCAUGAAAGGAGCAGGCGUGCUUGGCGCAAUGGGUAUUAACGGUUUAGGUGGUAUCGGUGGUGGAUACAGAAUGGGUUCUCCAACCUUCUGUAUAAAGCCAGGCCAGCAACAAGGGGCUAUGUUUGACGGCAAAAUCUCGCCAGCUCUUAAGAAGUUCUCCAAUCUCCAGGCCCUUACCUCGCUUUUGAAUCUGCAAGCUAUGGACUGCAAAACCAAGAAGGUCAAUCCUAAAACACAAGCAUGUUUCCUCUACAAGUCAAUUGCCAAAAAGGCCAGGGAACCAAACAGCAAUGUUUCUACUCUUGGCAAUACUCUAGUUAUCUCUAAAAAAGGCCGAACUAUGGCCAUGGUAGUCGUGGAGCGUUUCGGCCGGCUUAGCCCCAAGAAGGAAGAAAAGCCCACCUUUGAGAAGCUUUACAAGGACCCCGGCAUGUACACUGCCCAGUUCAACGAAUUUGAUGAUGUUCUUAAGCGAAUUGGCCGACCCCAUCCCAACAAGCGAGGCAACAAGUGUGCAGAGUGUCUUAACAGUAUUAAGACCAGUAUUGCCGUUGGCGAUGUUGAGUGCGAAUGUGAAGAUGCCGUCUCUAUCAGUCUUGAUGAUCUCAAAGGCAGUGUCUCCACAUAA